GAGCACAUUGGUCUUCAUUUUUGAUCAGCAAGCAAAAAGAGGUCAACUUUAUUGUGAGGAGGACUCUCUCACAGUGAAGCAAUCGGCGAUGGAGGUAUCGUCGGCAAUAUCGGAGAUUAUAUUGGAAGAAUGGAAUGGUUCAUCUUCAACCAAACUCUCCAGAACUGCCACUAUAACUUCGUCUCCUUCACUCUGCAUCCAAAGAUCCGGGAACCGGUUCCACCAUGUUUGGCGGCGAGUUCUUCAAGCAUUUGUACCUGAGGGCUUUCCCAGUAGUGUUACUCCAGAUUAUGUCCCUUUUCAAAUGUGGGAUUCACUUCAGGGUCUUUCUACUUACAUAAGGAUGAUGCUUUCUACCCAAGCUCUGCUGGGUGCUAUUGGGGUCGGUGAGAAAUCAGCCACUGUGAUUGGUGCCACCUUUCAGUGGUUCUUGAGGGACUUGACUGGAAUGCUGGGAGGUAUCUUAUUCACAUUUUAUCAGGGCUCAAAUCUGGAUUGCAAUGCUAAAAUGUGGCGCUUAGUUGCAGAUCUUAUGAAUGACCUUGGAAUGUUGAUGGACCUUGUUUCGCCUUUGUUUCCAUCUGCUUUUGUGUUUGUGGUCUGUCUAGGAAGCCUAUCGAGAUCAUUCACCGGUGUUGCAAGUGGAGCAACUAGAGCUGCUUUGACACAACAUUUUGCUCUUCAGAAUAAUGCUGCAGAUAUAUCUGCGAAGGAAGGAAGUCAAGAAACAAUGGCAACAAUGAUUGGUAUGGCACUGGGCAUGCUUCUUGCUCGUGUAACUAUGGAGCACCCACUAGCUAUUUGGUUUUCUUUUUUGUCUCUCACCGUGUUCCAUAUGUAUGCAAACUACAAGGCUGUCCGGUGCCUUGCAUUAAAUUCUUUGAACCCUCAGAGGUGCUCAAUUCUUUUGCAGCAUUUUAUGAAAACUGGCAAAGUUCUCUCACCUGAACAGGUAUCUAAGAUGGAGCAUGUUUUACCCAUAUGGGCAUCUUCAUGGAGCUCAAAGAAUUCAGAGUCGAUGAAUGUGGAUAUAUCUCUAGGUGUCAGGGUCUCCUCACUAAAUCACCUGGAACUGAGGGAGUUAUUGCAUUCUGCGGGCUCUCAUUACAAGAAAGCCAAGUACUUGCUGGUGGAAAGGAAAGGAAUUGUCUGCAUUGUUAUGCACAAAGAUUCUGCUGCCACAGAUGUCUUGCAGUCAUUUUUUCAUGCAAAUGCAAUGGCAAAUAUAAUGGAUCAACACCGAAGUCUUCAUUCUGAAAGCCAAUCAUGGAUGGAUAAACAUUAUGAAGCUUUCAUUCAAAAGUUAAAGGUAUCUGGUUGGAAAACAGAACGUCUUUUAUCACCAACGAUCAUUUGGAAGGCAAACUGGAUCUGUGGGUCUUCUGAUGGCAAGAUUGACUAGGAUGUCUCCCUUAAUGGUCUUGAUCAAUCUGUGGGAGAUUGUUAGAUGAUGUACAAACAAAGAAUUUUCACAGCUGCACUUCAUCUUAAACCUUCAAUUCUGGCUAACCUUAGAGCAAAGAAUUUUUCCUGGGGGGUUAACAGAAUGUUUAGAUUCUUCUUAUUAUUUUACAAGUAGCGUAAACCUUGUACUUUGUAACAAAUAUAUGUCAACCUCAGUAACUCAUUACUUUGAUUGAGCAAAUAGAAUGACCAGGGACUACUAUUUUUUUGGUUGAAA